AUGCCAGUAUCUGUGAUGGUCCACGGUGCUCUUAGACAUGUCACGACCAACCAGAUGUUAACGUCACUGGGCAAUGUCACGGCAGCCGCACUUGACGACGAUGACUUUUCCCCGCCAGAUAUGAUGUGGAAGGUGACAUGUACAUAUGUCCUCCUGGUUGCAAUGGUGGUGGAUCGGAUCACCCAGGAGGGGGGUAUUUUCCUCAGAUGGGAUGUUACUAACCCCAGGAAUCCGACGAUGCUCGAUGGCGGCGGCGAAUUUGUUUGGCAGUGUGGCCAACUAGUACAAAUUCUUGGAGGUCAACAGGUAUCUUUGCAAUUCACUUCCACUCCCCUCCCUGGCAUCAAUGUUGAUCGUUACUUGAGGGUCCAACAACAAGGUGGUAAUUUUGUUGUCAAAGUGGCAAUUGUACAGCCAGGUGAGGUGAUCCCCCUCGAUGGGCAGUGGGAGUGGGUGGUCUAG